AUGGAUGCCAGCAUAUUGGUGGGCAAUGUUCUAUCAACUUCCAAAACAACAACUGAAGAUGCCGAUGUCAUCGUUACUGGAAAUGAUGUGAUCAUUAGUAAUGGUGACCUAGAAGUUGUCGAAGAUGGCGAAGUUCUUUCCAAUGAAGAGAAAAUAUUCUAUUCUAAAGUUGAUGAUUACCGAGCUGGAUUAAAAUAUCCAGAAAAAACUAUGCUUUCAUUAGUCUAUUAUUAUAAAAUCAUUCAUGCUUUGAAACAACCAAAAGGUAGAAAGAGUACUGGUGUUGAUACCAAAUUCCAUGGAUGGUGUAAACAGCAUUUCAAAAUAGACAAUAUUUCUGGAGUCGAGCUUUUGUCUUCAUUAAAGACUGAUCGAAGAAUUGUUGUUGUGGAGCCAUAUUUUACAAUUUUGAAGAAUGUUCAGAUAAAAACUGGUCAUGGAUUUCGUGAUAAAAUGAGGCAUGAAAUUGGUCAACAUCAUUAUUGGAUACCAUCAGUUGUCAUCGACAUUUUCUUGUCGUGCUGUGUUGCAUGUCAACUUAGAAAACCAGUCAAAAAUCAUGUUCAAUCAGCAGCAAUCGUUUCACUUGGCUUUCUAACUAGAUUACAAAUCGAUCUUAUUGACCUACGAACACGACCUGAUGGUGAAUAUCAGUGGAUUCUUCAUUGUCGUGACCAUUUCUCAAAGUAUUCUUGGGCAUAUCCUAUGGAAACAAAAGAAGCUCGAUUCGUUGCUGAGCAUUUGCUCUCACUGUUCUAUCAGUUUGGUCCAUGCAAAAUACUUCAGUCAGUGAUUUCCAUAGCUCAAAAUUAA